UCACUACUAAUUGUUGAUUACACCGUCACCCAUGCCACGUAGUUGUGAAACGAUUGUUUACAGCCUAUCAGAGACAUUCAGAUGCCAAAAUAACCUCGACUUACCGACAAAUCAGGCAAAAGGAAAAGAUAAACACGAAAACAUGACUUUUGAGGUGUGACAGGUGCCCCCCAGAGUGCAGCAGCUCCUCGUGCCCCAGAGGUAAACAAAAAUAAUCUCCAGGGAGUCGGGGUUUGUUUAAACAUCACCGAAGGAGAGGAUGAAUAAACGAGCGUUUGGGUACCUCGUGGUCUGGCGAGUGUUGUCGGUGUACAUUGUCCAGACCAGUGAUGUCCCUGACGAGUACUGGCAGUCCCUGGAGGUCGCUCACAACCUCGCCUUUGGGUACGGCCACCUCACGUGGGAGUGGAGGCACAGCAUCAGGAGCUACAUCUACCCCUUCCUAAUUUCCAUUCUCUACAAAAUUCUGGAACUCCUGGGGCUGGAUUUCCCAGGGGCCCUGAUCAAUGCCCCGAGGGUCUGCCAAGCGGUGCUCAGUGCAUAUGCUGAUUACAGAUUCUACAUCUGGACGAGGAGCACCUGGUCAACAUUCGUCCUGACCCUCAACUGGUUCUGGUACUACUGCGCGAGCCGCACCCUGACGAACACCGUGGAGACAGCCCUCACGACAAUAGCCCUCUCCACCUUCCCCUGGAGGGCCUCAAGCUCCCCAGAGAGCCCCCACUUCCUCUGGAUCGUGGGCAUCACCUGCGCCAUCAGGCCGACCAUGGCCAUCACCUGGCUGCCCCUCUGCGCGUACCACCUCCUCACCACCUCGAAGACGCUCCCCCAGGCACUCCUCCCAUACUUCGUCAUCGGCUUGACAACCCUCACCUACUCCAUAGCAAUCGACACCUAUUGCUACAACCACCUGGUCCUGACUCAGUGGGAGUUCUUCAAAGUUAAUAUUCUGAACAACAUCGCAGGGUUCUACGGGACCCACCACCCCCUCUGGUACUUCACAUCAGCACUCCCAGUUCUGCUUGGAGUUUACGUUAUUUACCUCCCCAUUGCUGCGUACCAAGUCCUGAGGCAUUCGCGGAUAAGUUCCAGUGAAUUUAUUUUACUCUUCACCAUCCUCUGGACAAUUUCAGUUUAUUCUCUCCUGGAGCACAAGGAGCUCCGGUUCAUUCUCCCGAUUCUCCCCAUGAUCAUCUUCGUCUGCACGUGCACAAAGAUCCCAGAUGUGUUGAAAGCCUCCGAGAACCUGAGAAGGAUCUUCAUCGGGGUCUUCGUGCUGACGAAUUUGAUACCCUUGUCGUAUUUCAGUUUUGUGCACCAGAGGGGAACCCUCGAGGUGAUGAGGGUGUUGAGGCAGGAGUUGGGGAGGCUCGAGGGUAGUCAUGGGCGACGAGGGGUCGAUGUCAUGUUCCUGACUCCCUGUCAUGCCCUCCCUCUGUACAGUCAUCUCCACAGGAAUGUCACCACCAAGUUCCUGGGGUGCGAACCGAAUUUGGGGGGUGAGGAGGGCUAUGUGGACGAGGCUGAGGGGUUCUUUGAGGAGCCGAUGGGCUGGAUCGAGCGGACAUUUGGGGGUGACAGGGGGUGGGAGGAGGAGGGUUUACUGCCUAGGUUUGUGGUGCUGUUUGAUAAUGUUGAGGGGAGGGUUCAGAGGUUCUUGGGGUUCUAUGAGCUGAUUGCGAGGAGGCUCAAUGCACAUAUCAGUCAGGGCAAUAAUGGGAAGUACAUUGGGGUUUAUAGGCUUAAGCUGGUGCGGGAUUCGUAGGGGUGGGAGAGCCUCUGGGAGUG